AAUUAAGAGUACUGCUGCAGAUCGACGAAGGAGAUCAGAUCCUCUUUUGGUGGUUGACAAGAUCUAGUAAAGGAGAUAAUAUGCAGGCAGCCAAGGAGAAGCUCAGUAACAUGGCCAGUGCUGCAAAAGAGCGCGCCUGUAUCUACAAAGCAAAGGCUGAAGAGAAGGUAGAGAAGGCCGCAGCGAGGACUAAAGAAGAGAAGGAGAUAGCCCGAGAGCGGAGGAAGGCUAAAGAGGCACAAGCCAAGAUGGAGUUGCACCAAGAAAAGGCUAAGCACAAGGAGGAGAGAUUGAAUGCAGAGCCACACACACAUCAUCAUGUAGAAAACGUUCCAGUUCCAGCAGCAUCUGUUUACGAUAAUCAGCAUGUACACCGUCCAAUAUUAGGCACUGCGGCACCCUCCACGGGGAUCAAUAAGACCACUGCUCUGACUUAUCCCUUGGCAAAGGACCCUCCGGCUGCUAAUGGGAAUUACAUAUAGAUGUCCUGUGAUCCUAUAUACCAUGUUAAUCAAACUAUAUAUAUACUUUGUCUUUUUGCUUGUUUAGCACAUUAGAGAGAGAGAGAGAUGGUGGGGAAUAUUUGGAAGCUGGUCGGGGUGGUGUUUGGCAUUGAUUAAUUCUUCUUUCAAAGAGAACAGACAGAGGCACUUUAUGAGUGUUAGUGUCUCUACUCUAUCAGUGCUCCACGUCACAUGACUCGAGUACAUAUAGCUAGACUACUCGAGUACAUAUGGUUAGUGUCUCUACUGUAUAUUUUAUUCUA